GCAGGCCUUCAUCUUCCUGGUAACUUGCAUGAGCUGCAGUGUGGGGAGUGCGCCUGGCUGGUUGCCAGCUCCCGCCCUCAACUCCUUCUGCUUUUCCAUCACCUCUGGCCAUGAGCCGAGAGAGAAACGCCUCACACAAUCCAGGUGUGGCUCCCAUGAGCUCACCUGGCCUAGGCAGGAGGGAGCUACCGUUAAAGCAACAGGGCACCCUCAAGGCAACUGACAUCUGCCCACACUUUCUUUUGGCCACACUUUGGAGCCUGAGCACAUCGGAGAAAAGAGCAGCAAUUCAGGGUACCAUUUGCUUGAACCUGCUUCUUGAAUGAGGAAAGCCUCGGGAAAAGGCAUAGAUAACUCCUGAAUACUUCAAUGCUGAAGGAUGUCAAAAGUCAUCCCCAGUCAGGUGGUACGAGUUGGACAAACAAUCUGUGUUUCAUCCCCAGAAGAACAUGCUUGUUUGCAUCACCCUAAUGGGUGCCUGUCCUGUCGCACUUUGCCAGCACAGUGUUUAUAUUACUCAGUGGAAGGCUGGGAAAGACAGAGCUCAUUGACUCAAACCAAAGCAUGUGCACUAUCCAAGAUGGAUUGCUAUGACUCUUGUAGAUCUACUCCAGAGGCCAUGCCUAUGUCACUUCCAAAUCUAGCAGACGAGUGUGUGCAAGAACAGCCUAUAGAACCAAGCAAGGAUACCUGUCCAGUCUCUCCAACUUUGGAUGUCUCCAUUGAAAAGUUGAACCGCCUAAUCUUGGAAAUUGAUCCUACUUUUCAGCCUCUCCAGUUGAAGCCAACCCAGACCCAGAGUCCUGUACAAGCUCCUCCACGAAACAGUUCAGUGGUCGGCCCAAAACCUGAAGCAGAUUCUCCAGAAAUAAAGUACAUUGAAAUGUCUCCAACCAGAGCAAAAGGUCAGGAAUCUUGGCAGAACUCCACCAAUCCUACCAGCACUCCACAUUCCAUGUCUCCUCUGAACACCAGGAGUUUGUUUCCUUCUGGAAGGGCCCAGGGGGAAAACACUGAUGCCAAUGGCCACAUCACCUUCCUGGGUGGCCAUGAUUCUGGAGGUGGCCCCCAGCAACUCCCACCGGCAGGGAGGCAGUCACCAGCUUGCAUCCAAAUGUCUGAGAGCAUCUCCAUUCCACAGGGGAACCCAAACAACUCUGUUGCCUAUGGAUCCAGUUCCCACCUGGCUUCCUCCCCAGGCGUUGAGAUUUUAUUGAAGUUGUCCCAGCAUGGGAGGAUGAUGCAGCGGUGCAGUGAGACUUCUGUGCUUUCAGCAAGCCCUGGAUCAGACACCAGUUACAUUUUUGGAAGCAGCACACAAUCACUGUCCAGCAAUGAUGCUGACAUUCCUCAGUCCAGGUCAACACAAAGUCCUUCCUCUGCUGGCUCCCUCAACGGAUCUUUUGUUGGUUCCAGUGGCUCAGGUUCCUACUACCCUGGUGCUUCUUGCUCCCAUAAAGAGAAUUCUUCCUUACCUCAUCCAUACCAGAAGGGACAGACUCAUGGUUGUUCUCCUUCACCAAUUGCAAACUCCCCUCCCACCAUCCCCAUUGUGCUCAUCAAUGGUCGUCCAGAAGAUAGUGAGAUAUCUCACAAAUCUUGCAGGAUUCAUCCAGGUUCUUUCAAACUGAAGAUGACCCAGCCUGGUUCUGGCACGUUUUCAAGCAUUAAUCAUUCCAACAAAUCAUCUUCUGAGAGCUCACACUCCUCCUCUUCAUCUUUGGACAGCUACUCCAAAGAAGCACAAACAACCAUGAAGUUUGUAAUGGACACCUCUAAAUAUUGGUUUAAACCAAGCAUCACAAGAGAGCAAGCUGUCCAACUGCUAAUAGAUGAAUCCCCAGGCUCUUUUAUCAUGCGGGACAGUACAUCUUACCGUGGCUCAUUUGGCUUGGCCAUGAAAGUCUGUGGUAGUAAACCAGGUGAAAACAGCUGUGAUUACAUCAGACAUUUUCUCAUUGAGUCCUCUGCCCGGGGAGUGCAUCUUAAGGGGGCUGAUGAAGAACCAUAUUUUGGAAGUCUUUCAGCAUUUGUAUAUCAACACACAAUUAUGCCUCUGGCAUUACCUUGUAAACUGGUCAUCCCAAGUCAAGAUUUUACUGGAGGGGAAGAAAAGCUUGCCACAGACUCAGAAGCCUCUCUUCCAAUUUCACAGAAAGCUGCUGUAUGCAACCUCUUGUACCUGCACUCGGUGACCAUGGAGACUCUCACUGGCAAAGCAGCAGUUCAGAAAGCCGUGUCCUCCACUUUCAAGCAGGAGACUCUGCCUACACCCACCAUUGUCCACUUCAAAGUUACUGAGCAAGGAAUAACCCUGACGGACAUCCAGAGGAAGGUAUUCUUCAGGCGGCACUAUCCACUGGCUACCAUCAGCUUUUGUAACAUGGAUCCUGAAAACAGAAAGUGGCAAAAAUUUUCAAAAACCUCAAGGAUCUUUGGUGUCAUUGCCAAGAGCCCAUCAGAUGCUGAGAAUAUUUGCCACCUCUUCGCAGAAUAUGAUGCAGUACAUCCAGCUUCUCAUGUGAUUGACUUUAUCAAUAAACUUCUACCUGCUGCUUUAGGUUCUGCUUAAUGCUAGAUGAUUUCAUUUCCGAGCAGCCCCUCUGCGCCUAAAGCUUUCUUUAGUUUUAAAAACUGCCUGGGUUGCAUUUUGGAAACUCAUUAAGGCAUCAGGCAAAUGUAAGCUGCUAGUUAGAGGGAUGGAGUAAAACGUAGCAAUUGGAAAUGGCACGUUGUAUGUCUGGAGCAAGCAGUGUGAGCCAGAUGUGGAGCUUCAGAUCCGAUGUGGCCAGCAAAGCCAUUUUGUAAUUUUCCAAGUCUCAAACUGGGACACUCAAACUCCCCCCUCCCCAUGACCUAUAGCAUCCCUCCAGCCUCUGAAGGGAGCAACAGAUCAUUUCUCUAUGCUUUUAGGCAUGGAGAGGAUGACCUUUUUUUAGGGAAUCAGAGGACUUCCUUCACCUGGGUCUCUCUUCAAACUGAACUUCCUUUCACAGCCAUUUCUUGGGUAGCCUUCCAGGAACAUCCUAUCCAGCCACAUCCAGGUCUCUGUCGUAAAGGGACAGUCAACUUACCAAGCACCUACAACUACAGAGAUCUACUUUCAAAGUCCAGUUCAUUUCUGUGCAGGCUCUCACUAAAGUUUUCUGCCUCAAGAUAGAUUAUUCAGCUAGGAUAACCAAGUAAUUUCCAAUCUCUUUUUACCCUUUGGGACAGUAUAUCAAAUUGAGUGUGUCUUUGCUAAAAGGGAAUGUAUUCUAGUCACAUGAGACGUUGCUCAUGUCCUCAGGAGAAGUCUGCCAUCAGCAAUAUUAUUCAUUGUUAUGUCAGAGGUUUUGAAAUAAUAUCGAUAUUGACUUGUUUUCAAUGUAUUUACCCAUUUCCUUCUUGCAUUUACUGUAAUGAUACAAGGGCAAUAUAAUAAAUAAAUAAUUUUAC